CGAUACAAGAUUUGAUCUCUUCCAAAUAUUAAACACAAUCCGUUUACACAAAAAGGGCUUGGAAUACAAGUCUGAAUGUUUAUGUUAUAUAUUGUUGCUAAAUUUAUGUGACUGGCAGGAUGGCCUGCAAGCAGCCAACCUCCCAACAACUGGCGUACCUGGACGAGCUGAAGAUGCGUCUCCAGGAGCUCCGGAAGCGCCAAGAGACAUUUAUGGAGGAGACUGCCCAGAUUUUGCGGAACAUCAGCACUGAUCGGGCAGAUCCAUUAAUGGCGGUCCCGCCAUUGGCCCCCAUGGAGGUAGCUCAAAAGGUUGAUGAUGAGGAGUGCGUUGGUAAUAUCAAGCAGUUGAUUCAGCGUUUCGAGGAUCUGCGACAGACAUCUAGGCAGUUCAGCGACCAGCCCAUGCCCGAGGAGCUGGUUGGCGUUGAUGUGAGGAAGCUGCUUAAGGGCUAUGAGAGGCUGAUUGUGGAGGGUAACAUUCUGCAGAAGUCGUGGCUUCUACUGAAGAAAACAACGGAAAGCUGUGCGCGUCAGGGCAACAGAGAUGAUCAAAACUUGAACAAGCCGAGCUCAAAAACCUCUUCUUUCGCAGAGCACACAACCGGGCGUCCUAGUAUCAUCAAAUCAUCCAUCUCACUCCAAGAACCCAGUUUUGGUAUCGAGUCGUCUACCCAACUGGCCUAUAACAACAGAUCAGGCUGGACUAACCAGCCCUAUGGCAAGGCCAACAGGCAGCGCUUGGGGGCUUUUCUCCAAUUGGUGCUUCGUAUAAAUCCGUUUAAUAGAUGUUCCAAGGGGAAAGCCAUUUCAAAUGCAACUGCUAGGCUGCCAUGUGCUGGGCAACGUCCACCCCCAGUUCAUCGGGAAGCUACUUCAAAAAGUAGUUCGCAUAAAUUAGUUUAACAGGUGAUACUAGGUGCUCAAGCACCGCUGACAAGAUGAACAGGAGCAGUUAACGAGGUAAUAGCAAAUCCUCUGCCAAAUAGAAUUUAUGGUAUAAUAUUUUAGUAGCACAAUUGUUAUCCGAAAAUUCCAACCUGUGAUUCAGCAAAUCAGAAAAUAGUUGAUUAAAUCGAACUCCACGCCAACGCAUAAAUCAAUAUCCACACCACA